ACGGCAUCUGUUAUCGGUUUCAUAAAAAUUGCUUACCUUUUUUUUGGUUUUAUUUUGUUUUUAGUACAAAAACUAUAUAAACAUUUAAUGAAUUGAACAAUUUACCUACUACUCGUGAAAUUUAAACAAAACAUAAGUUACAUAUGUGUCUAAAAGGUGAAUAUACCUUAACUUUUUGUUCGGCUCUUAUCUUUAGUGCUGGUUGUAGUGUUCUCUAGUUUAUGAUGAAAAAUAUUACUGCUAGAUUCAAUUAAUAUACUCAGGGAGUACAACGCUCGGGAAAUAAAUAAAUAUAACAACAAGUGCCUGCAUUUAUGCAUGCUGAUGAGAUGCUUUUAUACUACCUGUAAACGGAACCUUUUAUUGGAUCAAAACAUUGUAAAUAUGGCAUACGAACGUUAUGGCAUACUUCUUCAAAAUGAGCAAUACGACGAAGAUAAAAUCAACGCAAAAGGCAUUCACAAAAUAAACGUCCAUAAUAACAGCAAUGAUGGUAUACACCUCAGCAAUCACAUCAACUUGCACAAAAAUAAAGUAUUUGAAUCAGUUAUUCAGUCAGUACCAAAAGAUAGUGAUAACGCAAGUAAUUCUAAUGUACAUGAAAUGGCAUUAAGAGCAUCAGAAAAUAUAUUUUCCUCUAAAAUAAGGAAGAAUACCAACAUUGGAUAUCAAAUGAAUAUCAAUUGUUAUAAAAAUAUUGGUUAUGCGGAAAAUCAAGAAAUUUCAAAGGACGUGACACAUAACCUGCCAAGCAAUAGGAACGCUACAGAAGAGUCUUGUACUGUCGGCAGAAAUUCGCCUUUUCUGGUCUCAGAUACAACAAUACUAACAUCAACUGGAAAAUCAAGACGGUGGGAGCAAAAGCUGGUUCAAAUUAAAACUAUGGAAGGAGAGUUUAGUGUUACAAUGUGGGCAUCCGGAAUAUCCGAUGAUGAAUACUCCGGGUCAGACCAAAAUGUUGGCGAUUCCGAUUUUUUAAAAGGAAAAGACAUUGAUUUUGAUCAGGGCACGUCCCAACGAACCAAAGACCUGGAUCAGGUCGAAUCUAUAAUACAGCAUGAUGUAUUUAUUCAAGAACCUCAGGCACUUGAAAUGCAGCCACACUUAAGCUCAGUUCCAAUCAUAGAACAGUUAACGAAAGAGAAGGGACUUUUAUCUCGUGAAAAUAAUAUUUCCACAAAGGUUCUAAGUAAAUCAACAUUAAGUUUCGAAGAUCCCAUCUUGAUUUCGGACUCCACAAGUAUACAGCUGGUCAAUGAAACUGCCGCCAUGACAAUUGAUAAUCCUAAAAUAAUAGCUACUGACAAUACUGGCGAUCUGCGUACAUUGACUAGCUCAGUGCCAUUUGGGAAUGGCUUACAGGAAAGACAACAAACUGAUUGCUUAUCAACAUCUUCACAACCAUCAUACCACGGAAAUAUAGGACCAAGCGGAAGCACUGAUUUAAGUUUUAAUCUUUCCGAAGUCAUAGUGUCCUAUCCAAAUGAUAAGAAAAUAGCUUGCCCCCAUAAAGGUUGCCAUAAAAAUUUCAGAGACUCGUCUGCGAUGCGCAAGCAUUUGCACACUCACGGUCCUCGUGUUCAUGUUUGUGCAGAAUGUGGGAAAGCUUUCGUAGAAAGUUCUAAGCUUAAAAGACAUCAGUUGGUUCACACAGGAGAAAAACCAUUUCAGUGUACGUUCGAGGGAUGUGGAAAACGAUUUUCUCUGGAUUUUAACUUAAGAACACAUGUAAGAAUACAUACUGGAGAUAGGCCAUUUGUUUGUCCGUUUGAUGCCUGCAAUAAAAAGUUCGCUCAAUCCACAAAUUUAAAAUCUCAUAUAUUGACUCAUGCGAAAGCUAAGAGGAAUACCAGCAUUUCGCGGAAAAGUGGUUGUUCAAACCUUGAGUCAAACAGCCAAAGUGAAGAUAAUUCUACAAGUUAUGUUAAGGUUGAGUUACGAGAUAGUGUUUCAGAAAACCACGUUCCCUUUGUGGUGUAUGCAGACUAAGACUAUAUAUCGACCAAUUUAAAACUCCAUUUCGGUCAAAAUUUAAAUGCAUACUGAAAUCUUAUUUCUUUUUCAUAAUUUUAUUUUUUAGUUUCCUCUAAUAAAUCUCAGAGUUGAUUUUGUACAAAUGAAAUAAAAGUCAAAUGACAAUU